UUGGUCUUGCUGUUGAAGACCGAGAUCGACUUGGAAUCAACCCACCGUUGAGUCUGAAUCGAGACUAAUUAUUUUAAGCCAACUUUUAAUCUCAGUCAAUUUCGUUUCAGUUGCUCAAACUUGGAAAGCAAUCUCUCACCCAAUUCUUCUCUGACGUCCCAACUGUCACCUUCAGAUUGCAAAGAAAAGAACCCAUCUUUUUCACUUGACUCCAAUCUCCGGCGCCAUUUCCGUCUUGGGCUACUGGUUUUGUAGCUGAACAAAGACGGGGAUCGGUGAAAGAUGGGAUUUUGGAAGUGGGUUUUUGCUUGGCUGGUCUGUGCUGCUUUGGCUUUGGAGAUUGGUUCUGGGGAGCAAGCUCGAACUGAGAGGAUUUCAGGUAGUGCUGGUGAUGUCUUGGACGAUGAUCCAGUGGGAAGGUUGAAAGUUUUUGUUUAUGAGCUCCCAAGCAAAUACAAUAAGAAGAUUCUGCAGAAGGACCCGAGAUGCCUUAACCAUAUGUUUGCCGCUGAGAUCUACAUGCAGCGUUUUCUCCUAUCUAGCCCUGUCCGAACCCUUAAUCCUGAGGAGGCUGAUUGGUUUUAUACUCCAGUGUACACCACUUGUGAUCUGACCCCAAAUGGCCUUCCUUUGCCUUUCAAAUCACCACGAAUGAUGAGAAGUGCAAUACAACUUAUUUCUUCAAAUUGGCCUUAUUGGAACCGCACUGAAGGGGCUGAUCACUUUUUUGUUGUGCCUCAUGACUUUGCAGCAUGCUUUCAUUACCAGGAAGAAAAGGCAAUUGAAAGAGGUAUUCUUCCGUUGCUCCAACGCGCAACCUUGGUUCAGACUUUUGGGCAACGGAAUCAUGUUUGCUUGAAAGAGGGCUCAAUCACUGUUCCUCCUUAUGCUCCUCCGCAGAAGAUGCAAACCCACUUAAUCCCUGAGAAAAUUCCUAGAUCCAUCUUUGUUUACUUCCGAGGAUUAUUUUAUGAUGUGGGAAAUGACCCAGAAGGUGGCUAUUAUGCAAGAGGUGCAAGAGCAGCAGUAUGGGAGAAUUUCAAGGACAAUCCGCUUUUUGACAUUUCCACAGAGCAUCCCACCACAUACUAUGAGGACAUGCAACGUGCAGUCUUCUGUUUGUGCCCCCUCGGCUGGGCUCCUUGGAGCCCGAGAUUGGUUGAGGCAGUCAUUUUCGGUUGCAUUCCUGUUAUCAUAGCAGAUGACAUUGUUCUACCCUUUGCUGAUGCAAUUCCAUGGGAAGAAAUUGGUGUGUUUAUAGAUGAGAAAGAUGUUCCCAACUUGGACACCAUCCUCACUUCAAUCCCGCCAGACCUGAUAUUGAGGAAGCAAAGGUUGCUUGCCAACCCUUCAAUGAAGCAAGCUAUGCUGUUCCCACAACCUGCCGAACCAGGUGAUGCUUUUCAUCAAGUUCUCAAUGGACUAGCACGAAAGUUGCCUCAUGACCCUAGUGUUUACUUGAAGCCAGGUCAGAAAAUCCUAAAUUGGACUGCGGGUCCAGUUGGUGACCUGAAACCUUGGUGACAGCAACAGGUGCUGAACGCCCACAUUUUACAGUAGUGGCUUUGGUGUUGUAGUUUUGAGCUUGAGAUGCUGUAAAUUUAGCUGUUAAAAAUGUAUCAGGUUACACAUUCUUUUGUAUUUCAACUCGCCUUGAUGUUAUUUCAUCUGAAAAAGCGGUGA